AUGGCGACAAGCAGUGUGACAAAGGCGGGGUCAGUCCACAGCGCGCCUCCAGGGCUCGAUAUAUUCAAAACUCCGGAAAAUACCAUGUUCUAUUCAGCGAACCUGUACCAGAUUCUCGACAAAAGCAAGCAGGAAAUUCGACUUAUCGAGAUUUCUACACAAACUGGCGACGGUAUCCUUGAGUGCAAAUUACUGCCUGCGACGUUGUUGACCAAGGCCCGAAAACAGUAUCUGGCUCUGUCAUAUUGCGCAGGAGACCCGACAGACACAAAGGAAAUCCGAGUAAGUGGCGUCAGGUGUAACAUAUUUGCGAAUUUGCAUCAUGCACUGGUACUAGCUCGUCAGUAUUGGAUGCAAUCGUCUGGACAAGGACCACUCCGACUCUGGGUCGAUCAGUUAUGCAUCAAUCAGCACAAUUUAAGUGAGAGGUCGCACCAAGUCGGCUUCAUGAGGGAGAUUUACCAGUCCGCGGAACGAACUCUGGCUUGCUUAUCGACAUCGCCAACUAGUGGCGAGGGACUGAAAUGGUUCAACGACCUGUGUGACGCUGUCACUUUUCAACAAGACGAUGGGUCAUUGCAAGGCAACAGAGAAGGCGAACUAGGUACUGAAGAGGGGACUGAACCACAAGGGGCAAUCCUUGAAAGGGCCAUACUGUCCGACACCUCCAGACGCAAGCGUAAUAGGCGUUAUACAGAGCAACAGUUUCGCGUACUACACUAUCUCUUGGACCGCACCGGCAGCGACAAGUUUGCCAACGGAUGGAAUGCAUUCUGCGACCUGCUCAGCAGCCCAUGGUGGAAUCGAGCCUGGAUCUGCCAGGAAUUCAUAGUAUCUGGACAAGUGAGUUUUAUGUUCGGACACUAUUCCGCCUCAUGGGAGCGGUGCAGCAAGGUCCUGCAAGACUUUUGCGAAAUACACGGAUGGUUUCUGAUGAACCGGACUCUUUAUCUCCUUUCGAGCGGGCUCCCGAUGGAUGGUCCCGAGGCUUGCCAACUUGACCACAUCCACGACAUCGUUCAGGAAAGAGACCUCCAUCGCCAAGUCGACCAUGUGCGAAACGCAUUGAGGAUGAAGAUCCGCUGGAGCGGCAGCAUGGACAUCAAGACUCUAUUAUCACACUCUCGAUCUUGUAAAUCUUCCGAUGAUCGUGAUCGAGUAUAUGCUAUGCUCGGCUUGGCUUCGCCAGGAUACAACAUCUUUCCUGACUAUUCAAGUGGCUUGAGUGCAAGCGAGGUCAUGAUAAUGACUACCAGAGCAAUAAUCGAAAAGGAAGAUAGUCUAGGUGUCCUAGCGCAAGCUACCAGAUUGGUUCAACGUAAGAAUCUUGACGUCCCUUCCUGGGUGGCCGAUUGGAGCAGUACCGAAGCCGCGGAUAUGGACUUUACGGAUAGGCAACCUCCCAUCUGGAGCAUCAUGCCCCAAGAAUCUCCACAAUGUGCUUUCGAAACCAUUACAGACCCAAACGACCAGAUGCAAGCGUACUGCCUAAGGGUUUAUGGGACCUUCUUUACAAGAAUCAAGGUGGGCAUGAAAUCAUGGCCAGAGGCAGAUUUUAACAGCGUCGAAGGAUGGGUUGGCAACGCUCUUAUCUCCAUUACGGAUGGAGAUGAAGUAUGGAUCUUACAGGGGCUAAGAGUACCCAUUGUCCUGCGGCCAUAUUGUGAUGGGUACCGGGUUGUUAGCUGUGCCUUUAUCACGAAGCGGCCGUCUAAAGAUGAUUUUGGGACACUGGCGUAUAUCCUUGCAGCGGAACGGUCGAAUAGGAGACGCAUAAUACUGUACUAGCGCACGCAUGCCAACUUUAGUCUAGGGCCUGUUUAUAUUUUUGCGGGGAAUGCAAUAUGUACUUUUCGUUCGAACGAAUGUCAUGGUGCUCUAAUUAUAUGCUCGUUUAGCAA